UCAAUCAGAGGGUCCAAAUCCAUCUCCAAAACAUCUCCGCUGUCGUCGUCCCUCCAUAUUUUCACCAACAAGAAGCCAAAUUAGUCUACACAACUGCAUUACUGUUUUGGAAAGGUCACGUUAAGAAGGUUAAAAAAAAGUGAAACCACCUUUGGUUCUACCAGACAGUUCAUCUGUUCAACAGCUCCAAGGUUCGAGAUCAUGGCGUUCCUCCUCCAGCAGAUGGUUGGGGAUAAACUGAAGAACAUGACCGGUGGAAAAGAUGAUGAAGAUGAUAAAACGGGAGGUAAAGAGACGGCGGCGUCUAAAGGAAUGAGCAGAGAAGAGUUUGAGGAGUACCAGAAAGAGCUCAUCGAGGAAAAGAUAGAGAGAGACAAGGAGUUCGCCACAAAAAAAGCAGAGAGAGCAAACCUGCGAGUUCAGUUACGAGACAAAUACAGACUACCACAGAGUGCCCAAGACGAUGCCACCAUCCAGAUGUCCGGAGACGACCUGGACCUGCCCGAGGAGCUGGCAAAGAUGGUGGAGGAAGAUGAGGAAGAGGAAGAGAUCAACGAUUCCUUUCUGGGCAAACUCCAGAAUAUGGACGUGGACUUUGACGCAAUCAAGGCCAAAGCUCAGAACACAAUGAGCGAGGUGAAACAGACAGCAGAAGAGAAGUGUGUCACCAUGUAAACUCCAACACAAACUCUGAUUUGACUGUGUAUGACAGAUAAUGGUUUAAAAACUCGCAGUGUAUUUAUAUCGAUCUGAAAGAGCUUAUGUAGCACACGGCAGGAUUUAGCCAAGUAUGACGUGAUCCCUGACCAACUUUGUUUUGUCUUGGACUCAACAUCCCAUUAAAAGAUCGUGCAAAAUUAAUUCACAUGCAAUGGUUAAGCAACAGGGUGUGAUGUCACACCCUAAGCCUCUCUUUCAACUUCAUAUAAAUAACAGAGAUACUAAAGUUACAUUUUCCUCAAGACAUUCAAAUUCAGCAUGCAGAAGACAUUUCAGUUGGACAGAUUAUUUAAUGGCUGGGAAAUAGUGUACAACUUUUUUUAGAUGCACAACGUAUUUUGUAUUUAGUGUCUCUUUUCUUGCUUUAUUCCUGUCCUUUCCUUUCUUGCUUCCUUUCACCUCAACUGGAAAAAUUGGCUUCCUCUUAUUUUGCUAUAUUGUCAGAUUGAUGUAAAAAAGCUGUUUUAUAAAAUAAUUGCUAUCUGUAUAUAAAAACUUCA